UCGACGGAUGGAAACAGUCCUCGUCACUCACAUCUCGACGAUUCGACCUCGGUCCCUUGGAACUGCCAAUAACACACUUCAAAUUACAAUUACCUGCAACCCGCGCUACCAUGCACCUCGUCCAGUUCAUGGCCUUUGGCCUGUCUCUCGUCGCCGCUUCUCCAGUUGUACCGAAAGUGAAAGUAAUCGAUGAAUGCAAGGCUGUUGACAUUGUCGUCGACGUUCUCAAGCUGAACAAGGCGACACCAUUCUGUUCGAGCUUCUUGAGCGUCAAGACCUCGACGGCCACCGCCUACGCAACGGUGACCAGCACGUCUACCCAGCAGGUACAGGGGCCUACAAUCACCUCAACGGAUUAUCUAGCUCCAGUGUAGCACGGCAACCAGUGUCGCCGCACAGCUCGUCACAGAGACCACCACCGUCACGGGCCAAGCUGUGUCGACCAUCAGCGGCGU